CUGGCUGGGACAGCCGAAACAAGGACCUUGGUUCUUGGUUUUCUCUCAUUUGCACAGCAGCACAGCUCACUCUCUGCUUCCUACACCCUCCUUCCUCAUCACUUUAUUUGUGGGUUAAGAGAAGUCUUAAUACAAACAGAAGAUGCUGUUUAAUAGGAGGAAUUUUGUCACUAUUGCAAAACUGGCAGGAACCGGCAAGCAGCUGCUGCGACAGUUUUGGUAUGGGACACCAGCUCAAAUGAAUGUUGAUCUGAAAGGUCGGGACCUCCUUACUCUACAGAACUACACAGCUGAUGAACUAAAGUAUUUGCUGUGGAUGGCAUCAGAUUUGAAACAAAGGAUAAAGCAUAAAGGAGAGAAUUUGCCUUUGAUGCAAGGCAAAUCUUUGGCCAUGAUUUUUGAGAAGAGAAGCACAAGGACAAGAUUAUCUGCAGAAACAGGAUUUGCUCUCCUUGGAGGACAUCCUUCCUUCCUUACAACACAAGAUAUACAUCUGGGCACUAAUGAGAGUCUCACAGACACAGCAAGGGUGCUGUCCAGCAUGACAAAUGCAAUCUUGGCUCGAGUUUAUAACCACAAUGAUCUGCACCUAAUGGCAAAAGAAGCCACAAUCCCAAUAAUCAAUGGAUUGUCCGAUUUAUACCAUCCUCUUCAGAUUUUAGCUGAUUACCUAACUCUUCAGGAGCACUAUGGGGGCCUGAAGGGGCUCACCAUCGCCUGGGUCGGGGACGGCAACAACGUCCUGCAGUCCUUCAUGACGAGCGCUGCGCAGCUGGGGAUGCACCUGAGGAUUGCCACUCCCAGGGGCUUUGAACCAGACCUCAGGAUAACUAAAAUAAGUGAACAGAACUCCAAAGAGUAUGGUACCAAGUUGCUUCUCACAACAGACCCUUUGGAAGCUGCAGACAGUGCCAAUGUCUUAGUCACAGACACAUGGGUAAGCAUGGGACAAGAAGAGGAGAAGAAAGAAAGACUAAAGGCCUUUCAAGGUUAUCAGAUUACAAUGCAGACUGCAAAAUCUGCUGCUUCCAAUUGGACUUUUUUACACUGUUUACCCAGAAAACCUGAAGAAGUUGAUGAUGAAGUAUUUUAUUCUCCGCAGUCAUUGGUUUUCCAGGAGGCUGAAAACAGAAAAUGGACAAUUAUGGCUGUCAUGGUUUCCCUGCUGACAGAUUACUCACCACAGCUACAAAAACCCACAUUUUGACGCUUGGAUUCCUGCCAGGAGAAAAAUAUUCCUCAUCAGCAGAAUAUUCUGGUCUGUAAACACAUAGAUCUUCUUUAGAAAGGACCAAGGCAAUGAGUGAUUUUUUAAAUAAAACCAUAUAGUUAGCUGUAUAAUAUUGCAUUACACUUCUGAAAAUGUUCAAGACAAUAAACACCAUUGCAGAAGCUGCUUUUCAUCUGGAUACUCCAAGCUGGCCCUUCUUUCUGGGGAUCAGCAUCAUGGAAAACGUUCCAGGGUUGUACCUUAAUGGCUGGACCUACCAGCAGCAUAGGCAUGGUAUAAUCUACAUGUAGGUGUGGUGGGCCUUGUACUGUGGGAUAUUGAUGCCUAAAGAUUUUCAGCUUUUUCAUAUAUUUGUAGCUUUGUAGAUUUUUAAAUAUAUAGUUUUAGUUUCUAGUGCUUUUCCUGCCCUCUCUCACAUUUUAGAGCAAUAAACUAAUCCUUUCUAACACA